AUGCGAUUUAUUAUUGUGUUGUUUUUCAUUAUAUCUCUUUCAUCUGUAAAAGGACAAACUACACAACCACCGAAUUAUUCUUGUACUGAAAAUAAUGCUUCUAUUCAGUUUACAUUAUCUUCAUCAGCUCAUUCAGCUUGGAAUUCAACAUCAAAUUGUUCUUUACAACAAUGUAAUACAAGUUUGAAUGGUAACAAUAAUUGUCUUUCAUCAUCAACACCUUGUUAUGAUUAUCGAACAAUAAAUAAUAUUAGUUAUUGUGCACCUGGUAUUUUAUGUUCAAUAUUAGAAAGAUGUAAUAAUGUUACACAAACAUGUUUAUCAAAUAAUUCAAUAUGUGUUAUUAACUCAUGUUGUUCAUCUCAACCAGUUUGUUUGCCAUUGUUAGCAACACGAAUAUGUGAAAGAGGAUGGUUUCCUACUGGCAAUAUGAUUAAUGCACGACGGAGUCACACAGUAUCUGUAUUAUUAAAUGGAAAAGUAUUAGUUACUGGUGGAUCGGAUGGUAGUGCUUUAUAUAGUGCUGAAUUAUAUGAUCCACCAACAGGCACUUGGACAACUACUGAUGACAUGACUAAUGCACGAUUUCUUCACAAAGCAUCUGUAUUAUCAAAUGGAAAAGUAUUAGUUACUGGUGGAUGGGAUGCUAAUACCAUUGCUUUAUAUAGUGCAGAGUUAUAUUAA